AUGGAGGACUACACAGUGUGUGGCAAGAUCGGUGAUGGCGCACAGGGUGUCGUUUACCGUGUGAAGCAUGAGCCAACAGAUAAAGGUUUGGCUAUGAAGGUGAUUCGAUGCGCUGACUAUUCGAUGGUUAAUGCAGCCCUAAAGGAGAUUAAGGUUCUUCUUCAGCUGCGCCACCAACAUGUCGUAUCGUACGUUGACUUUUUUCUUGUGUUCCACAACGACAAGGUGCGGCAUGAAUUCACCAUGGCUAACAAAAGUGAGGCGAAAAUCUUCGAAUCUACACAGGGUCUCCGGAUGUUCAGCACAAACGGUCUUGCAAGCAGAACCUGCAACAAAAGUCAAAUCCUCUGUGAUGAGAGUAUAACUAAUCCCAGCGCCUUUUGUAUGAGCCCUUCUGAAGUUUGUGUCUGCCUUGUGAUGGAGCUAUGCACCAGUGGAGACAUGGAGGGGACGAUACAUGAUGCAAAGCAACAGUUCAUGGAGACCGGGUCACACCCCAUUACGGAGGCACAGAUUCUCUCAUGGAUGGAACAAUGUGCCUCGGCGCUUGCUUUCAUACAUGAGCAAGGGUUCCUUCACCGCGAUUUGAAACCUCGAAAUAUCUUCUUUGACAACUACAAAGACGUUAAAAUUGGUGAUUUUGGGCUUGCAGCUGCAGUUGGACCAGGCCGUAUGAGCAUUGUAGGGACACCCUUGUACCUCGCCCCUGAGCGUAUGCUCCAUGAGGUGUACGAUGAAAAGGUAGAUGUAUGGGGAUUGGGUGUCGUGAUGCUGGAGCUCGUCACCCUUCGGGAGCAGCCAAUUAACAGUCGCGUUCUUGAGAACCCUUUGGCAGUUGAGACAGUGGUGCAACAAGUGACGGAAGCGGGCUUCUCUGCCAAGCUUGGUGGCCUUUUACGAGAUAUGCUUCAGCGGCUUCCAGAUGGCCGGCCUUCCCCGGCAGCUAUAUUGCGGCGCCUUGCUGGUAUUAACACAGGGGCCUCGCAGCGCUCUAACACCUCAAUGGCGAGUAUGUUUGCAGGCAUGAGUUGUCCAAAGAUACCGACUGUUAUAUGUGAGCUGUGCGAGGUAGAGCCUGCGGUUGCAGCCUGUGCGAACUGCAGUGCAGUACUAUGUGAAGGGUGCGACCGCGCACGACACAAACACCACACUCGGCAAAGUCACGAACGCAGCCCGCUGAGCAACAUACGCAACAAUCAAACGACUCGUGCGCAUGUUCUGAAUGAAAUGGAUACAAACAGUCUACCACCCUUGACUCGUAAAGCUAAUUGCAGUGCCAGUCAUACAUUCUCGAGGUUUUUGUUGCCAGUAUUUCGUGGUAACGGAAACUCCGGAUGCGGGACGUCUGCGGAGCAGUCUAGCAGUGCUUUGAUAAAGAGCAUGAAGAACACAGUUAUUCGCGUGCCGCAGGACUACCCCACAAUUGUUGCUGCGCUAAAUGCAGUGCGCUCUAUGCCCCACAUUCGGAAGAUCAUGGUGGCGGGUAACACUAUUCAUAACACUCCAUUGGUCUUGGGGGAGGCCCUGCCAGACAAUCUAAAGCUCGUCGGUGAGAGCCCUUCUCCUGUUAUUGAGGUUGACGAUGCGCCAUUUGCCAUUGAGUGUGCUUCAGGACGUGGUACUGUGGAGAAUUUCAUUAUUCGACACGCCGGUAGACGGAACUCACCAGCUGACUCUCAUGUGGGGGAAAAGCAUCACAAGAAGUCUUCCCGCCCCAUCGCUGUUUCACUCACAGGGGGCGAAUGGAAAAUUACGAGGUGUCGCAUUUCUUGCUGCGCUGGAAGUGGCAUCAGUUUGUCCGCUGACACAGAGGCUAUCGUCACGCACUGUAUGGUUCUCGAGGUCAAAACAGCUGGUGUAGCUGUGAUGGAGGGUGGUCGAGGGCUAUUUGAGCACAACACUCUCACCAGUUGUGAUUUUGCCGCAUUUUUUCUGAAGAAAAAUAGUGCUGCACGUCUGAGAAAAAACCAUGUUACAGAAUGUGCAGAAACUGGAAUAUUCUGUCAGGAUGCCUCGGGCCUUGUAGAGGAUAACUUUAUCGCGAGCAAUGGUGGAUGUGGUGUUGUUACGAAAGGUUCGGACACCAACAUCAUUUUUCGUGGGAACAGAGUUGUGGGAAAUGCACAGGCAGGCUUUUUCUGCUGUGACGGUGCCACUCCCAUCAUCACGGAAAAUGAAAUUCGCCAGAACAAGCGGGCCGGUAUCCUUAUUAAGGCACGGGCCUCUCCUAAAAUUACGAAGAAUAGCAUUCGCUCAGGGAGGGAGGCUGGCAUUUAUGUCUUUGAGGGGGGUCUCGGCCUCAUCGAGGAGAACGAGCUACAGGAGAACUGCAAUGCGGGGCUUCUCGUCACCACUCGAGGCGCACCGCAUGUGGUAAAGAACAGUAUUCGCGGCAACCUCUAUGAAGGUGUGUGGGUUUGCAAAGACGGCGGUGGGACAUUCUUUGAGAACGAUGUGCGUGGCAAUGAGAAGGGGCCGAAGGAUAUCGAGCAUGGCUCUUCGGUGGUUUGGAUUGGUAACCGUGAAUCAUGA